GGUUCUGAACUAAAUACUUCUCGUUAUAUAAAGAUGCAGUUUCUAGCUAAUAAUCGAGGUGAAAAUCUAAAUUUCGAGGAUGUUGAAGCAAACUUGGAAGUAUCGGAGAUUAGAACCAGUCGAAUUUCAAAAAUACGCCAAGCGUUGGUGGGAAACGCACAGUUAGUUGCGAUUGUCGUGUCAGUUUUACUUGGUUUCCUGAUUGGAAUCCUAAUACACGACGCAGUUCAAGAAUCAACAGAGACUGAAAAAGUCGUUAUGUACAUCAAGUUCCCCGGUGAACUGUUCAUCCGUAUGUUGCGAAUGAUAAUAAUACCCCUCACUGUCUCUAGUAUUGUCGUGGCCUUGGCAGAAAUUGACACUAGUUCGGCAGGAAAGCUGGGCAGGAGAACAUUUCUGUAUUAUCUUACGACAACCGUUUCGGCAAUAAUUAUUGGACUUGUACUUAUGAAUAUUUUACGACCUGGAGAAGACAGUACCAGUCGCGCUGAAAAUGAAGAAAACAAACGGAAUCAAGUUACUGCACUGGAUUCAUUUCUCGACCUUUUAAGAAAUUUAAUUCCUAAAAAUUUGGUGGAGGCAACUUUAAAAUCUACCCAGACAAACUACGCUGGUACUUUGAACAAGUUUGUUCUAAAAAACAAAACAAUUCCCUCGUCGGCUAAAGCUGUUGCCAUUCUCCUGCAAGACAAUACAGUUAUUCCUUGGAGUGCUAUAAAUGGAAAGAACGUGACAAUCAUCACCAGCAAUGUGGAUUACAAAUUUUCUGGCACAGUUGACAAGAAUGGUGCCAAUAUCAUUGGUCUAAUCGUGUUCUCGAUUCUUCUUGGUGUGAUUCUGAGAAAGUUGGGUAAAGAUGGUCGCGCAUUGAUGGAAUUCAUCAGGUCCUGGUUGAACGUUGUAAUGAUGCUUGUAUCGGGGAUUAUGUGGGUUUCUCCUAUUGGUAUUUUAUCUUUAAUUGCGGGAAGCUUAGCUGAUGUUGACGACGUCGCAAGAGCAUUCAAAGAUGUUGGUUUGUUCCUUGCAAUCAACUUUAUCGGUUGUUUUAUCCAAGCCUUGUUCGUCUAUCCAUUAUUGUAUUUUUUCAUUGUGAGAAAGAAUCCAUUUACUUAUUUGUCUGGUAUAGUUUCCGCUUUGAUCACUGCGCUUGGAACAUCAUCAAGUUCAGCUACCCUACCAGUCACUAUCCGUUGUGUCACUGAGAACAACAAGGUCGAUCACAGAGUGGCGCGGUUUUGUUUACCAAUUGGUGCAACCUGCAAUAUGGAUGGGAGUGCCUUGUACUUCGCAGUCGUUGUUUUGUUCAUGGCGAAUCUCAAUAAAAUGUCCCUAAACUUUGGGGAGAUCAUUUUGACAGCCUUGGUUGCAAUAUUUGUUUCAGCUGGUUCAUCAGGGAUUCCAGCUGCAGGAUUAUCCUACACUGUUUUGUGUCUUGAAGCUGUCGGAAUCCCAACUAGAUUUGUUGGUCUUAUCUUUACCAUCGAUUGGAUUAUUGAUCGUCUUUGCACUGUGAUGAACGUGAUGGGAGACGCGUAUGGUGCAGGAGUGAUAAACCACCUCUCCACUGAUCUGCAUGUCGGGUACAUGGAUGACGAACAAGAAGCUGAAAACAACAUAAUCCUAGGUGACACAACAAGCUUCUAG